AUGAUUGAGCAGACGUCAAGAAGCUAUAGAGAACUGUCAAAAUUUGUCUCUAAAGAAGAAUUAAUUACUUUGGUAGAGACCUAUAUAAACAGAAAGUUCGACGAAGAAAUUAUCUUAAUUGAAAACCGUGGCGGAAUUGACAAAUUCCAAGAGCUAUUAGAUGUUGAUUUUCGCAAUGGCAUUAAUUCUAAUAGCAGAUUUGAAAAAAGAAUAGCUGCAUAUGGAAAAAAUAAAAGAGAAGAAAAAAGACUUUUUACUUUUUUGGAAUUUUGCUGUUAUGCUCUUAGAAAUAAAGUUCUUAUCAUGCUUCUAUUUAUGGGGGUACUUAAUCUUAUUCUUGGAGAUAUAAUAAGAGAUCAUCAUCAAGGUUCUACUUGGUUUGAAGGUUUCGCUAUUCUUAUUGCGGGUUUUAUUGCGGUUGUAAUUGCUUCUGUUAAUAAUUAUUUAAAUCAAAAGCAAUUCGCAGAGCUGAGAAGUCAGAAAAAUAGGGCACCAAUCACUGUCUUAAGGGGGGGAGUUCAAAUCUUUACACCCAAGCGAAAUUUUAGUAGGAGAUGCAGUUAA